UUGAUUUAAUGUGGGUCUAACCCCUUUAAAGAAGUUGUAAUUCAUAUAUAUGUUCUUAAUUUCUGUGCACGUCCUCUAUUAGACUAUCAAGGUUAAAUCAGAAGUAUGUUUAAUUCAUUUAUUCAAGAAAUAUUUUUAAACACCUGCUUAUUUUAAGUGCUUGUGUAGUUCCUGGGGAUUUAGCAGUGUUUUUAUGGGACUUAGUAUAAUGCUCAUAUGCAUUUUAUAUUCUAGUGGAUAAGGAGACAGACAAUAAACCAUUAAAUAUAUAUCCAACAUGCCAAAUAGUGAUUACUAUUAUAAAGAAAAAUAUAGAAGAAUAAGGCCAUAAAGAAUGGUGGAAGUGCGCUGAGUAGUUCUGCUUUACGUGGCCGGCAAGGGCAGCUCCUUCGGAGAUGAAGCCCAUCUGCUGCACACAGAAGACAGUGCUGCUGUCCCUGUUUUAUAGCUACACACGGCGAUACACAGAGUAACAGUGGCUCGGACAGCAGUGCCUGUGCUUUGCGGAAGUGCCCUGAAGAACAAAGGUGUCCAGCCCUUGUUAGAUGCUGUUACCAUGUACCUGCCUUCACCUGAAGAGCGCAGCUACGAAUUUCUGCCAUGGUAUAAGGGUGACUUAUGUGCUCUGGCGUUUAAAGUUCUUCAUGACAAGCAGCGAGGACCACUGGUGUUUAUGCGCAUUUACUCAGGCAUGAUAAAACCCCAGCUGGCCAUCUAUAAUAUUAAUGGAAACUGCACGGAGAGAAUAAGUCGUCUUCUUUUGCCAUUUGCUGACCACCAUAUAGAAAUCCCUUCACUGACUGCUGGUAACAUUGCUUUGACUGUUGGCCUUAAACACACCGCCACUGGAGACACCAUUGCCUCAUCCAGGUCCAGCGCCUUAGCUGCAGCUCGUCGCGCCGAAACAGGAGGAGAAAAAAAGCGUAGACAGAACAGUGAAACCGAGAGACUUUUAUUGGCUGGGGUAGAGAUUCCAGAACCUGUUUUCUUCUGUACCAUAGAACCCCCGUCGAUGGCUAAGCAGCCAGGUACAAAUAAUUUUGUUGUAUCAAUUAAUUAGUAAUUAGCUACAUUUAGUAAUUUAGAUACAGAUAGUUGUCUUAGACCCUCAAAAGAUUUCUCACAUGAAUGAGUUCAGUUUUAUCAGAAGUCAUGGGUAUUACUUGAGAUUAGUCUUGUUUUCUUUUUAAUAAGAUGUUUUGAUUUUUACAAGCUCCUUUUAUUUGUUCUUUUCCUACAUGUUGGCCAUUUUUUUGCAUAUCAUCUUCCUUGCUCUUGUUCUUGUGGUGCUGUCUGUGGCAUCCAAAGUAACUGGCGAAAGGACCGCCCUUCCAGUCAUAACAGAUGAAAGUUACCAGUUCAGAACGAGUCAUUUUCUCAUCACCAUUUACAAAAUGCUCCUUUUCCUUGUUUUUUGGCUCAACCUCCAGAACUCAGGGAAGAUAUUUAUAUACUAUGGUUAAUGUUUGACCUUUCUGGGUGUUGUGUACUCGUGCUUUAGCCUGCUUACGUUCUCAGUGGCUUCUCAUCACUUACAUAUAGCACAAACCCAAACUCCUUCAUGUGGUGUAUAAACCUCAUGAUUUCAGCUUUAUCAUUUCCAGUUGCUUUAAUGACAAAAGUUAAUUUCUCUCCCCUGUAAAAUAUGCCUUGGGUUGGUAGCCCAGGGUUAGAGGGUGGGCUCUGCACUGUCAUCAGGGCUCCAGUUUUCUGCCCUGCCUCUCUGAGUGUGUAGCUCCUGUCCUUAGUUAUCGCAGGACGGCUGCGAGCGCCUCUGGCAUCAUGGUGCAGUGCCCGGCAGAGACCUGGAGUAAGGAGGGAAAAGAUGUGUCCUGUUCCCCUUUAAGAGUUCUCCUAUGUCAUGGGCUCUCACUUAGACCUCUGGCCGCUCCGUUGCAAGGAGUCUGGUAAAUGCAGUCUCCUAGCCAGGCAGCAGCAGAAUAGAGAGGGAGACCACUAGCAGUCGCUGACCCCAGCCUUCUUGCCUGGCCUCGUUUUUUUGAAACUUGCUCCUUCAUUCUGAGCCCUCUUCUUUGACCAAACAAAAAUAAAACAGUAAUUACUCACACCUUACAGUUCUAUAAUAAACUAGUUCUAGUUUUCUGAAGAUACUAUGUCCUUUCUGUAUUGCUGUUUCCUUUCAUUUGUUCUGUCUUGCAUUAUAAUGGUACAGUCCAGUUUGUCUACCUAGAAAAAAUUUACUCUUUUGUUAGAAAAUCUCUCAAGCAUCACUUCUUUUCGAGGCCCUCACUGAAUUCCUAUAUUAGGUUGUUGAAGGACAAACCUAGUUAUAGAGGUGGCAUUAGAAGUCAUUUUUUCCCCCUUAAAAACAUGUUGGACUCACAGAUGAUGAAAAAACAAAAGCACCCAUUUACUGCCUCCCAUGUCGUCUUGAGUACCAAGGGGGGAAAGAAACAGGAAGCUCCCUAGCCAAGUAGGGGUUCCAGUUCCUCACUGGUCUAGCUGGCGUUCACACGAAAGAAGUCUGAGUACUGGUUUAAGACAGCGCCCAGAUACCGAAGGAGACUCGGUCUGUCCUUGUCUGGUUGGUACAGGGUCAGUAAUUAAAACAGUAUAGCAGCAAGUUUCUUGUCACAUUAAAGUGCCCUGAGGCCAACUAACGGUGUAGUCAUGACCCCAAGGAAGGAGGAUCAGGUACUGUGAAUCUGGCUGCCCAAAUUGAUGUGAAUAAAGGUGACCAAAGUAGUUAUAGGGGUAGCCAAGCACUUGAGAGCAGCGGCUGCCCAAACAAAGUAAUCUGAGUUUUAAAAAAUAUAUUUGAGGGGCACCUGGGUGGCUUCAGUU